CUAUGAUAACCUGUCAACAAUGUCACUGUCAGCUAUCUGUCAUAACAUUAACCUAAUAAUUUUUUGUUUUGUGGAGGAAAGUGCCAAAAUAGUGAACAAAUUUUGUUUCAAAUUAUUUGGCAAAAUAAACUGAAGAUUCACCCGUAUUGUGUUUAGUGCGUGCUGUAUUACAAAUGACGAUAUGUUCGAACACGAUUUCAUAGAAGUGGAUAAAAUUGACAAUUUCCUGGCAUUUUUGUGGAACAUUGACUGGCGAGACCCAUGGUUAAUUGGGUUGAUCAUAUUCCACAUUUCAGUAUUUAUGAUGGCAAUUUUAACUAGGAACUAUGGAAACUUCCAAGCGGUAUUAUUUUUCUGUUUAUUACUGCUUGUAUACUUCUCUGAAAGCAUCAAUGAGUUGGCCGCAACGAAUUGGAAGAUAUUCUCAAGACAACAGUAUUUUGACAGCAAUGGACUUUUCAUAUCAGUGGUGUUUUCCAUUCCUAUACUUUUGAACUGCAUACUGAUGGUGGGAAGCUGGCUGUAUCAAUCCACACAACUUAUGACAAACCUGAAGAUAGCCCAGCUGAAAGAACAAAUAAGGAAGGAAAAGGAAUCAACAGAAAGCAAGAAAGUGAAAUCUGAAUAAAAUGGUACUUAAAUAUGACACUGUAGAUAUAGACUGCAUCUCGUAUCCUAUAUGCAUUUCAAAUGGUUGAAUGAUAAUAGUUACCAUAUUAAUAAUAAUUGUUAACUAAACAUGAUAUGCCAGUAAAUAGUAUAUAUUCGAACAAUUGCGGAAAAAAACUAUUUUAGUAUAAGUUCCAUAUCAUAGUGUUAGGGGGUGGGCAGAUACCUAAGUAUUAUUAAUAGUAAUAUUAUCAGAGAUGCCUUAUAGCAACUGCAAGUCUGCUUCUAUCAAAAUAGACACAUUUUUAGUCAGUUACAGCAUAUGGUUUGGUAAUUUUUGAAACUUACAUAAAUAACCACUUUGCAUUUCAGUAAUUGUCUAGCUGGCAUUCCAAAUAUUAAGUAUAUGUUAAAAUUAAAAAUAUCAUCCUUACUUUUAUUCUAAUGUUUCAAGUAGUUUCUUGUAGCACUAAACAACGAGAUGAUGAGAAAAGAUUUUUUUAACGAUACAUUUUGAUUUGAAAAUAUGCAUCAAUCAAUUUUUUACGUCACGUUUAGAUGUUAAUUCAAAAUAUAAUCACCUUGGGUUCGCCUGAGGGUUGUGUAGUUUAUCAGAAAGUUACAGAGAAAUCAUAAAGAAAAUUUUAUGUACAAUUUUGUUUUACAUUACAUUAUUACAAAUCCGGAAUUCGUUUUUUAUAUUACACUUGAAAUUAUAUGUAUUCUAAAUCUCCAAAAUUAUUUUAACGUUCCUCGCAUAUUGGACAAGUUCAAAAAGCAGCUCAUAAUUUGUAUGUGCCUAAACAAGUUCAUAUUGAUGCAUGGAAAGCAGUGAGUCUCCCAACUUGAUUCCAGCUUUCAUCAAUGUUUAAGUUACAAUUCCUACGUAAACAAAAAAAAAUUAGGAACGUGUUAUGGAAUCAUUACCUGACUUUCUUUCCUCAGUAUACAAAACUUGCCCAGCAGCAUACGUUUAGACAUGUCAAGUUUAACCUUCCUUCACCUCUGUACCCUAUAAGGAAGAUAUUUUUCUUAAAAAAAUAUUCUGCUAUAAUGUUGCCUCUCCUUCCACAAAAAUGAUCCAUGCUUGCAACCUUUACAUCAUUAAUUUUCAUUAACAUCACAAGCACAUUGAUAAAAAUACCAAAAAGAUGCUCUAAGCCAAUGUUAAAUGAUUACUUGCAAUUUACUCUGCAUUUUAUAGCUGUAUAGUUGAGUGUGCGUCUUCUGGCGACAUGUAUACGGCAAACAUUGAAACGUCAUAGAUAUGUUAGUCCAGGAAGUAUCUUCGCAUCGAAAAAUUUUCUGGUUCGUUUUCUAUUAAUCUUAUUCAAAAAGAACCCCUUUUAACGAACCUGAAUGUCGACAAAUGCUCGGUCAGCCCCGAUCCCUUAGAUAUUCGUAUGAGAGCAGGUAGUAUAAGUAUCUUGUUAUGGUGUGUUUUUCGCAAAUAAGUCAUUAUACAGGGUGCGGCAGAGAGGAUGGACGGUUUUAAACAAAUCAUAAAAUAGUUAAUUUUUACUCGAAAACAAAUUUAUUGAUGGAAUCGGGUUCACAAGGAAAUAGCAUUUGAGACAGUCAAGUGUGGAAAAUCACAUCAGGCAUGUGGUGGCCGAAAUCGUUGAUGCAGUGCUGGAGGCGUUCUUGGAAGUUCGCGUAGACUCUCUCCAACAUCGCUCUCUCAACUUGGGCGACUUCCACGCGAAUUUCGCGCUUCAAUUCGUCCAGAGUUCGGGGAAUGUUCGCGUAUACUCUAGCCUUGAGGUGUCCCCAUAAGAAAAAAUCGCAUAUGGAUAAAUCUGGGGACCGAGGAGGCCAAUGAACAUCGCCAAACCUGGAAAUAAGGCGACCAGGGAAGAGAGCGCGAAUAACGUCCAUGGAUGCUCGGGGUGUUUGGGCGGUCGCCCCAUCCUGCUGGAACCACACACGUCGGAUUGGAACACGUCGCCGUCGUAAUUCAGGGAGAAAGAAGUUGCUGAUCAUGUCGACGUAGUGCUCUGAGUUCACGGUAACACCAUUACCGUCUUCGAAGAAGUAAGGGCCAAUAAUGCAAGUUUCCGAUGCAGCGCAUUAAACCGUUACUUUUGUGUAACUGUUGCGGAUUUUUAUUAGCCCAAUAACGACAAUCUUGCUGGUUAACUAUGCUGUUUAGGUGAAAGUGGGCUUCGUCACUCAUAAACAAAAUGAGGUUCUCAUUUUGAUUGAUCAGUGCUUCCAUCUCACGUGCGAAGCUCAUUCGUUGUGCAUAAUCUCCGGGCUGUAACUGUUGCACAAUGGCCAAUUUGUAGUGCUGAAACCGAGAUCCAUAUGCAAAAUUCGCCUUACCGAACGAUCACUAAGGCGAAGUGCAGCAGCAUGUUUCCGGGCAGAUCGAGUCGAACGCGUUCAACAUUUUCAGGAGUUCGAACUGUUCGCGGCGCUCCUCUUGGUCUUCUGUUGAUCAGUUUACCACGGCCUGCGAAGUGAUUCAACCCAACGAAGGAUGGUGUUUCGAGAGGGAAUAGCUCUAUUCCGAUGAAUGUUGAAGUGGCGACGAAACUCACGCUGUACGGCGAUGACUGAAUCAUUAUUUCGGACGAAACAAUCAUAGGCGAAAACGCGGUGGUCUACCGUCAAAGGCUCCAUAACGACAACUGGUAAAAUAAUGCUAGGAUCUCACGAGUCAAACGGCACCCUCCCCACCUCUGUCGUAGACGAAGGCGGAGAGUACUACCCAUCCCAAAAACGUCCGUUCUCUCUGCCGCACCCUGUAUAAGGGUAUUGAAGAUAGCUGGUACAGAAUUUAUUUGACCAGUUAACAAAAUGUAUAUAGGAGCUAGAAAAAGAUCGACAUUGUAUGACAGAACUAGUGCAAAGUCUUCAAACAAAAUUAUAUUUAUUUUCGUGUGUACUCACUGAAAAGAAUAUUCGCAUAUAUGCAUAAUAGUAUUUUACGAAAAUAAUACUUACGCAUAGAGCUAAAAAUAAUUUCUUGAAAUAAAAGCUUCUUUGAAUUUGACAAUUUGCAACAGCUCUGUCACGAUAUUUAUGUAAAGAACCUAGAGUGAUAAGGGUAAUCUGUAUAUAGUGGUUCUAAGUGAAUUGGUGAAUAUAAGAAUUAAAACUAACACUUGCUGUGUCUUAGAUAUAUAUAUUUCUUCUAUUUUUGUAUGUCAUUCAACGAUCAGGUGUGUGAAAUAACAGCACUGAAUAUCAAAAGGUUGGUUGAGAAUCAAAAUGCAGUUUGACCUUCUGACAUUCCUGGAGCUGUUAUAAGCUAGUCAAUUUAUGCCAUGUACCAAUUAUUUUUUAUUGUAAGACUGAAUGAUGUGUCCGACGAACUUUUAAAUGAAAACCAUAUUGCUUUUUCAUAUUUAUUGGAGUUUUUCUCAUAUAACCACAUUACACACAUACAGGUGCGGCACUAUCGGUCCCUUUUAUCUUACCAAUUACCAUGGGAGCAUACAGGAAUUUCCAGGAGCGCCAGAACAAGCCUACAAAUAUGCUUCCCAAUUCUUUGAAAAGCAAAAAACCCAUACUUGUUCAAACGCAGUAGUAGGCAAAAUUUUUCUGGGACAGCCAAAUCGUUAAGAUCCUGUCAGAAUGUAACUCCCGAAACGUAUCCUGUUCGUAGUGCGUUAGUGCUGUCAGGCAGCAGCGGUGGCCGCAGUAGUAGACUCUUCGGUCUCCUGAUCAGUCGCUGUGCGCGGUGCGGG